CAGGCGCGUCUGUUUAGUGCUGCGUCCUAGUGGCCCAAACAACAACUAGUUACAAACGGUGAUUCGGCAUUUUCCAUAGCCUUUAGAGCGUCAGUGAUAUAAAGUGUAUUUUUCAUUGGUUUUAUCUUGUUUUUCUUCUCAUGUUUUUACGUGGAUGAUGGGGGACUUAACUCCAGAAUGGUUAAAUGAGGAUUUUGUCGUGGCUGCCUUGCAGGGGGGAGAGCACAAAGAGCCAAAAGUGACGAUCGCCAACUUCAGCGUGGCUCCAGCAGACGUCCUCAACUUCUCCAGCGACAUCUUCCGUAUUGCGGUUCGUUACCGGAUAGGCAAGUCUAAUCAGGAGCACUCAAAAAACCUGAUAGUGAAGAACACCGACGAUACUGCACUACUGCAAGCUCUACUGGGGCCGAGCAUUUGGGAGAAGGAAACGGUCUACUACAGAGACCUACUUCCGACCAUGAUGGAGAAGGCUCAGUGUAAGUUCGCUCCAGAAUCCUUCUACUGCUCGCUUGACAGAGUAUACAUCAUGGAAGAUCUGAGUAAGGACUACAUUCUACUGGACUCGCAUCAACAGUUGGACUUCGAUCACUUCAAAAUGUCUCUCACGACCUUAGCGAAGUUCCAUGCAAGUUCUGUUGCCGUAUACCAUGAAAAGCCGGACUUGAUUAAAUUCGUGGGCAGAGAGUUUUUCUUCCCGGAAGGUGGAGGACCUCUGAAACAAUGGAUAGAGACUGGAGUGAAGACGUACGGAGAGGUCCUCAGCAACAGCGAAGAACAUAAGGAGUACGCGGACUUCUUCCUGAGCAGAGCAGACAACAUUUGGGAUGCGGUUGUGGAAACUAUAAAGCCCAGAGCUAAUCACCUGAACGUACUUAACCACGGCGACAUGUGGACUGCUAAUAUCAUGUUUAAGUACAGUAAAUCCGGUGAACUGGAUGAUUUGAAGUUUAUAGACUACCAAUCGUCGAGGUACACGACUCCCACAGCUGACCUGGUGUACUUUAUGUACACAAGUGGCAGGCACGAUGUGCGCGAACACCGGCAGAAGGAACUCUUCCUCCAUUACCUCCAAGUACUCAACGACACUCUGCAACAGCUCGGGUGUCCCGAGAGGUUCACUGUGGAGGAGUUCAAGGAAGACCUCAAGAGAAUGGUGCCUUGGUUCGUCGCCGUCUCUCCUUUCGCGUUCGCCCUGGUGGCUGCCGGAGCGGGCGAAGACGCACAAGAUUUCUCUGGGCUCACAUCCGAGGACUUUAUAGCAGGCAAGGGCAAUCAUCUGGUUCGGAAACUUUGUCUAGGAAAAACAAUAUCUGAUCGAAUACCAAACUAUGUCAGGCAAUACUUAGCUCUGAUUAAGUCCUUUGAAUGAACUAUAAACAAUAGCUUUUUUGCAAGAUAUAUUACAACUAUAAUGCGAGAUUUUCGAGAAGGAAUUACUACGAUUCCCCAUCAUUACUGAUACGAAAGUUCUUUUAUCUAUUAUUGCUUACAAAAUAGAACAUAAACUCAGAACACAGAAUAUAAACUCAUAAUAAGUAUCAUAAACAAAGAAUAUUAUUGUAAACAGAACUCAUAAAUCUAAAUAUAAUGCAAUACACUAAUUGCAGACAACAACAAUUUUUAUUUAUAAAAAUGCAGUUCAAAAUUAAUGUGAUCAAAUUUAAAAUAGGGGAAUUGUAGAAGUGGAUUUAAGUUUUUUUUUUUUUUUUGUAAUGAAAAAUAGAUUUUUCAGAAACAAAAUUAAACAUUAAAUACUGUCUAAAUUGCUUCGAACAGAAGUAAUGAUAUCAAUAAUAAGCCUACGCUUUUAUCAGUUUUUGUGUUUAAAAUUCAGAAAAUCGGUUCAGAACAUAAUGAAAAGUGUCAUAGAAAAAUAGCCACACUAGAUUAUUUUUAUUCUGUCAAUUUAGAGUAUUUACUGUUUUAAUGAAUAUUAUAAGUAAUAAUAUAACUACCUAAUAUAAAUAAACUAAUUAAUAAACGUGUAUGAAAUUUAAAUAUAUAUUUACAAUGAUUUUUAUGAUUGUAUAUUUCAUAUGUAGCUAUAAACAUUAGUAAGACAUACAGUAUAAUUUUCUUUAAAAGCAUUGUCAGAUUUACUCUCUAAGAUUGUAUGUAGACCUGUAAUAAACUCAUUAUAAUAUUAUAUUAUUGCAUUCAAUGUAUCAAUCUUACAAUAUAAGAGAAGUGUUGUACUAAUACCACUUGUUUAUCUUGCCUAUACUAAAUAUUAUAGUUUUUAUUAUUAAAACAGUGAAGUAA